CAACCGAUUAGGCGUCACUGCUGUGGGCUGCAAAUUCAUGAGUGCGCUUUUCUUUCCGGAGAGCGUCCCGUCCCGUCAAGAGUGGGGAAACUGUGACGCUCAGUGGCAACGCGUCUAUGAAGGACAAUAAACCAGAUGUCUUUUUCCACCUGUUUGGGUUGUGUAUAUUCGCGGUGUAACGUUAGUGGAGCUGGACAAGCCGACCUGACGAACAUCGCUGUGCUGGUGGUGUGGUUGUUACCCAGCAGCAGCCAACAUGGCUGAGGAUGACAGUGAAUGGGUUGUAGAAAGCAUCGUUGGCUACCUGGGAAGUCCUGAAUGGGUCAUUCCUGUCACGGAUUUUAUGGAAAACAAAUGCACAGUUUUUGAUGACGAAGAUGAAAAUAAGUUAUCAUACACAGAGAUCCACCAGCAGUAUAAGAACUUGGUGGAGAAGCUGUUGGAGAAUUACAUGCAGGACGUUGGCAUCAACGAGCAGCAGUUUCUGGAUGCAUGCACCUCUCCUUUUGCCAAAUCCAAAACACUGCAGUCAGUGUUCCAGCCAGUUCUGGCUACAGAUGACUUCCAGAUAUUUCGCUCACUGAUGGUCCAAAAGAACAUGGAGCUGCAGCUUCAAGCCCUCAGGGUCAUUAAAGAAAGGAACGGGGUCCUCCCAGAGUGCCUGACUGAUGGUGCGGACGUAAUGACAGAGUUGCAGGAUCAAGAGAUGAAAAUCCUACAGGAAGUUCUCAGAAAGUCAAAAGAGGAGUAUGAUGAGGGAAUUGCCAGGAGGCUGCUAUUAGAAAAAGAAGUUGGCUCCACCUCCAGCGGCUGCUUUGAUAAGCCAAUGGCAAAAAGCAGUGAAGCCCAGAAUACCACCUCUGCUCCGAGCCAGCAAAGCAACACUGCCAAAGCCAAAGCUGAGGGGAAAGGUGACAGCAGUUGCCGUAAUGGUCACCACGCCCCACUUGUGAACGGAAACACUACUACUGAAUUUAAUCUGGGCAACAGCAGACCUGCCAAAAAUCUCGAGAGCAAGACGGCUGCCCCUGGAGUUGGGGAUAAGAAAGGUGCAGCUAAGAGCAGCUCUACGUCUAAGCCUACACCAGAUUGUGGCAGUAACUGUGUGGAAUCCAAAGUCCUUCCAGCAGUGAGAGCACCAGUAAAGUCCAGCGAACCCUCCAUCAGCCUGAGUCCUGGUAACAAGGAGCAGAGCAGCAGUCAGACUGCAGCCGAAGCAUGGCUGGAGGAGGCACACAAGGAGGCUGGCUUCUCUAAGCCAUAUACUGAGUUGUCAGUGUCUCAGCAGGAGCAGCUCCAGCAGAGAGCGGCAUAUCUGCGUCAGCAGCGAGACAAGCUGCAUGCGUUGAAAAAAGAACAGCAGAAACCCAAGCAGGUGACCACACCAGAGGAGGCACCCACCACCCCCACCCCGCCUGGCCUGGCUUGUCAGGAGGCAGUGGGGCAGUCCCAGAGGAAUGGGGCCUGUACCCCUCCUCCGUCUCCUUCUCCUCUUCUUCCUGCUCCUCUUCCUCCAACACAACACUCUGCUAACUCCUCCAAACAGAAGGAGAUAUCUGCUGAGGAGAGGAAGAAGCUACAAAAGAGAAAGAAUCUGGCCGACAAGCUGAAAGAGGAAGUGAUCAAGAAAUAACCUUCCCCCACAAACUGAAAUACGAUUAUUAUUAUUAUUAAUAAUAAUAUCUGUUUAUUCCGUUUAUCAAACAUGGCUUCCUUUACACUGCCUCCUUCAGACAGAUGAUUCACUUUGCCUAACACAGAUCAGGGGUUUUCCAAAGAAUCACAAAAUGUCAGAUCUUCCUUCUACAAAGUUCUUUUCAUUCCUGUCU